ACUUGUAAUCCCUCCUGUGCAGACAAGGCAGAGAGUACUUAUCAAAUCAAUCAAAAGCUACAAGUUUUUACAAAGACAAACUUCUGAGCUGCUCAUUUCACAAUGGCCGACGAGGACCAAUUCGAUAUCGAUAUCUAUGGUGAUGAUGGUAAUCAAGACUACAAUCAGGAAGGUCAGGCCGAUAGCGCAGGACCUGCAACAGAUGGCGAGACAAUGACGGACACAACACAACCAGACGCGCCGACGAAUGGCGCAUCUAACGAGAACAGCCAUGCUAAGCAAGAUGAGGGUCAGCAAGCCAACACACAAUCGGUAAGCACCGCAACACAGCAGAUAGCCAGCACCGGCGAGGGCGCAGGACAGAAUCAGGUCCAGCUCCCAAAACAUGCCCCAAUACAGCAAGGAACAAAGCGCAAAGAAGGUGCAGACGACCGCCCAAUGGAUCCAGGCGCCACUAGUGCCCUUUUGAUCCAGGAGCUGCAUUGGUGGUCCACCGAAGACGACAUCCGUGGCUGGGCAAACCAAGCGGAAUGUGAGGACGAGCUGAAGGAUAUCACGUUUAAUGAACACAAGGUCAAUGGCAAAAGCAAAGGCCAAGUAUAUGUUGAGAUGCAAACCGCACAGGCUGCAACGGCUCUGAAACAUAAGAUUGAGUCCUUCGGCGAUGGCCAGCAGCACGUUCGGAAGCCAAUCGUCACAUUCAACCCGCCUCACAUCAACCCGUACAAGACACUGCCAAAGGAUGUACCUAACCGAAAAGAUUACAAACAGGAUAGCCGAGGAGGUGGCAAUUUCGGGGCAGGCCGGGGUGGCUUCCAGAACAGAGGAGGCUUCAACAACAACCGUGGCAACAUGAACAACAACUUCCAGAGCCGUAACUUCACGCCGCCUAUGGGCAUGAACCAGAAUUUCAACAAUCCCAUGAGCUUCAAUAAUAACAUGGGUGCAGGCAACUUCGGUGGUAAUUUCAACCGAGGUGGAAUGAUGGGAGGUGGAAUGCGCGGAGGCAUGCAGAACAAUCGAGGCCGCGGUGGCAUGAGUGGCAUGACCAUGGGAGCCGGCAUGAACAACAUGGGCGGGAUGGGCAUGAACGCCAUGAAUAUGGGCGGAAUGCCAAUGGGUGGUGGUAUAGGCAACAACAUGAUGGGUGGAAUGGGUAUGGGAAUGGGUGGUGGCUUUGGUGGCAAUCAAGGACAUUUCAACCCGGCCUUCUUCAGCGGUGGACAACAAGCAGGAGGAGAUGGGCAGUGGAAUCCUCACGGCAACAAGAGACCACGCCCGGAGUAAUCUUUGAACGUCUCAAGAUAAUCGAGACAGGCAAGUAACUUCUCUUCUUUCUUCUGCCGUUAUCUGCAUUUACCGAAAUGCAUCAAGGCUUUGCACCACAUUAUUGUGCUUUUUCAGAUUUUGCAAUGCCCUGCCUGAAUGAGGUGUAUGCAUGGCGUUCUGGACAUCUCUUGACUGUCAAAAUAUCACGGUAUUGGGGCGGUUGAUGGCAUUGCGAAUUAUAUCAUUUCUCGUAGAACGGGUUUUCCGAUCUCUAUUUGUGUACCGGUGUUUAUUUGACUGUAUAACACCAAGGUUGACCUCAUAUCAUAACGUUGUAUAACUAUCGGUCGACCCCAAAGCGUGGUCUGAUGUCUACAAAAAGCAUUUCUGCUACCUCG